AUGCGAAAUUAUGAAUACGAAAAUCCAGCAUUUGACAAUAAUCAAGAAGUAUCCGUACGAAUGUCCAAUGAAAAUGGUGAACCCGUACGAAUGUCUAAUGGAAAUGAUGAACGAGAAUAUAACGAAACAUCCUAUUCGGUUCAUUCGCCAAAACGUAUACCACACCAACCUGAAGUUGAAGUUGGACGAACAAAAUUACAUCAUUUAUUAGGUGAAGUGUUGGAUAAAACUGAUGAAGAGAUAGAUCCCUUUUCGAAGUCGGAAAUGUUGAAACGUCGUAGACAACGGCGUCGUGCAUCGUCUAAUGAGAAUAAUUAUGGUGAAGACUCAUCUAUUUCGAUUAUUGAAGAUCGUAAACAACAACAACAUCAUAUACCUUUUAUUGCACCAGUAACCGAUCGUCCAGAUCCAAAUAUUAUGCGUUUACGCUAUAGUCCAUACGAUGCCGGCGAUCGUGCAGCAGAAAUAUCUCGUUCUACAUCACUUAGAACACGUAGUAAAUAUCCGUCAGAUGAUGAAGAUAUACCGCCAUCACCGAGUCAAACAAAAUAUUCACAACGAACAAAUAAUACAUUGUUUAUCAAUAGUGUAAACAAUUUACCAGAUCGUUCAAUGACUAGUACAGAUACUUUUGCAUCACAGAAACGUGUUCCAAGAACGCGUAUUGAAACAAGUCAAGAAGUGUUGAUGCGUCAAAAUGAUACGAGAAAUAUUUCAGAUAAUAGUCGAGAACGAUCCAGAACAGCAGAAUCGAUUGACAAAAGACGGCAACAUACGUUCGAUAUCGAGGAUGUCUAUGUUGAUUCGACAAAAUCAAAUUUUCCAAUGAACGAAAAUAAUAAAUUGAGACAACAUAUAUCUCGAACAUGGGAAGAAGAUCAACAACAAGUACGACAAGCGCCCAUAAAUGAUCAGAAAUUCGGUAAAAUAGAAUCUCAAAAUCGAUCUUAUUUAAAUCCAUAUGAAGUUGCUUUUGAUAAUCGACAAUUAGGUCGAAAUGAUUCUAGAGAUAAAUAUUUAGGAGCUAGACAGAGUCUUGUUACUACAAAAAAUCUCAUAUCAUCUAUACAAGGAGAAUUAAAAAAUAUUACGGAUGUAUCAUCACACAGAACUUAUCAUGAUUGA